AUGGCACACAAGCCUCGCGUCUUCUACCCUCUCAAGGGAAUCACCUACUUCCUCUCAAACCCUGGUCUCUGGCCCCGUGUUAUUAUCCCCUUCCUGAUCCUCGCUGCCAUCACAAUCACCCUCCUCAUACUCGCAUUCACUUACCUCCUCCCCUUCCAAGUCGACUUCUUCCAAGACCAUUCUUGGCCCUCAUGGCUGGCCUACACCGUCGCUGUCUUCCUCACCUUGAUCGAGGCUGCUCUUGGAGCACUCAUUGCCUACCUCGCACUCAUGCCCCUCUGGGAAGACGCACUGUUUGACGCCGUGUUGAGGAGCAGGAAGCUGGGAUACAUCAUUGAUGCUGCCCACGGUGACUACCGUUCGUGCCUUCAGGGAGUCCUUGCAGGUGUUUACAUUAUUGCCUUCCAGUCCAUUGUCCUCUUGGUCUUCCAGGUUGUGUCGCUGAUUGUGCUUCUCCCUUUGCAUGCGGUCCCGGUUGUGGGAACUAUUGUCUACUGCUACCUCAAUGGCUGGGUCCUCUCCUUUUCCAAGCGCAUUCAUUACGAUGUUGAGCUGUGCAAGCUGGGAGUGAACCAGUCAAGAAAGUAUGCAUGGAAGCACCGGGCAGAGUUCUGUGAGUUUGGUGCCGUGGCCGUGCUGCUCGAGAUGACGCCCGUGCUCAACAUAUUGUUCUUCUGGACCAACGUUGUCGGUGCCGCACUUUGGGUUGCUGAUGAGAUCGAGGAGGCAAGAAGACAGGAUCGUUUGGCAGUCAGAGCUGCUAACAGUCAAGAUUCGCACUAUGUCACUUUCCGCCCUUACGACUCGAACGUCCCAGGCUUGCCCACGGAGCCUCUGCUUGGCAGCCACCCCUACGACACCUACGGAGGUGCAGCUCAGCAGCAGCAGCCUUCCCAAUACCAGGCAAAGCAGCCUCAGCAAGGAACCACUGUCCGUUACUAA